AUGACAGAUUUGUAUGACGUUAACCCUGGGAUUGAUGGAGCAUUUCUUUACAGUAUGGCACAAGCCAAAGGUGAAUCUGUAAUUGAUCGCCUUGGAAACAACGAUGUGAGCAAGGAAGUUGUAAAGUGGAUUAACCUCAUACAUAAUCGAACGUUAGUGGUACAAUUGAGAAGGCUUGACGACAUUAGCUUGCUCUUCAACAAAUAUGCUCCAAGAGAGACACCAAAUCCUCUAGUUAUGUCCAUUGUUAAUAUUCCAUUCAAAACCAAUGACCAGUUUGUUGCCAAUGUUUCUUAUUGCUUUGAACAGUUACUAGUAGCAAGGGACAAACAAAGCAUAUCUAUUCCAUUUCUUGCUUGUGGUCCAGGAACUGGUAAAUCAAGAACUCUUCAAGAAAUUUUCCCACUUACAAAACCAGGACAACAAUUCAAAGACAAUAGCAUUAUACUAUUAACUUCCUUUGGUAAUGGUUUUGCCAUAGACCCUGAAACUGAGCCACUUAGUUAUGAGAAAGCCUUAUGUCUGAGAAUUUUAUACUCCUAUCUCAAAGUUAAUGAAUUUAGAGCAUUCAGAGAAGAAAAUAAGAACAUUAAUUGUACACUCUCAACAGUUUUACAAGCCAUUGCACACCACUUUAAAACCACUAAUAACAAAAUGAAUGAAAAAGUCUAUAUCUACUUGGGUAUUGAUGAGUUUACAUAA